UAUUUCCAAUCAGUUGUCUCUGUAAUCGAUUAUAUGGCCAAGUGGGAACCAAUAUGGCGUGCAGGACUCCUGGCGGUUCAGUGAAAGCUAUAGGAAGGACAGAAACAAAUUGCCUCAGUAGUCUUGGAGAGUAGAGUAAUUUUGGAAAGUGAAUGAACUAUGGUACAGACGAAGCGCAAUACUUAGCAGCACAAAAUUCUGAGGAACUCUGCAGCAGCUGAUGCUUUUACAUACAACAGUCAGCACCUGUCCUGUCGAAGAAAGAGCAAGUCUGUCUGUCUGGUGAAACUGGCAUUCCUGUUCUGGCAGCCAUGUGGGACACAGAGGGUGAAGGUAGCCACCCAACUAUGCUGAUACCACCGAUUCCCCAGCUCAGCAUGUUACGACGUGCAAAAAAGAAAUCAAGACGUAGUAAAAGACGGAGGAAAGGUCCAAGGCCAUUGCAUAUGGAAGGCCAGUCAGAGAUGCAAGAGCCACCACUGCCAGUUAUGUCUGAAGAGGUAGCUGUCUUCCAAACAGCUACGGAGAAGCCCAAGACUGGCAUGAUGCGACGUUUCAAAAAACGAUCGAGGCAAGGUAGAAAGAAGAAGGGGCAGUGGCAACAUCAGAUGGAGGGGCCUUCUAGGAUGCUGGGAAAGCAGCCGAUAGUAACAGCUAAGUCUUCACCAGAUCAUGUACCAGAUGAACCUGUGGCCUCCGAGGAAAGCCCAAAAACGUUAGAUAAACCAUUUAAGGCUGCCCUGGAAAAUAAAUUAAAAGCCUUUAAUAUUGGGAAGAUGGCAGCAGCAAAAAGGACUCUCAGUAAGAAGGAGCAAGAAGAACUGAAGAAGAAGGAGGAUGAAAAGGCUGCUGCUGAACUUUAUGAAGAGUUUCUUGCAGCAUUUGAAGGAGGUGAAGGCAAAGUAAAGGCCUUUGUGAGAGGAGGUGUUGUCAAUGUUCCCAAAGAUGAUGAAGUAGAGGAGAAAAAAGGCAAACUUUAUAAGCCUGCAGCCAAAUUUGCGGAUGUUAAAUGUUCUCAGCAGACAGAAAGGCAGCCAGCACUUCUACCAGAUCCCAGAAAACCUCCACUAAAAAAGGGAGAGAAGGAAAAGAAAAAAAGCAAUUUAGAGCUUUUUAAAGAAGAAUUAAAACAAAUUCAAGAAGAACGUGAUGAACGUCAUAAAACAAAAUCAAGGCUCAGCCGAUUUGAACCUGUAGUCCCUGAGGUGGAAACUCCACGCCGCUCAGUGGAAGGCUCAAGACGAAGCAGAUCUUCAGCUCUGGAUGACUUUGUGCCAGGCUCUCAUGAUGUGGGCGAUCCCACAACGACCAAUUUAUAUCUUGGAAAUAUAAAUCCUCAGAUGAAUGAGGAAAUGCUUUGUCAAGAGUUCGGGCAGUUUGGGCCUUUGGCUAGUGUUAAAAUUAUGUGGCCAAGAACUGAUGAAGAAAGAGCAAGGGAAAGAAAUUGUGGCUUUGUUGCAUUCAUGAACAGAAGAGAUGCAGAACGAGCAUUAAAAAAUUUAAAUGGAAAGAUAAUAAUGUCGUUUGAGAUGAAACUGGGCUGGGGGAAAGCUGUACCAAUUCCACCUCAUCCGAUAUACAUUCCACCUUCAAUGAUGGAGCACACACUUCCACCACCACCGUCAGGAUUGCCUUUUAAUGCUCAGCCUCCAGAAAGGUUAAGAAACCCCAAUGUGUCUCUGCCACCUCCACCGAAAAGCAAAGAAGAGUUUGAUAAGACUCUCUCGCAAGCCAUAGUCAAAGUGGUUAUCCCAACAGAAAGAAAUUUGCUUGCACUGAUUCACCGAAUGAUUGAAUUUGUUGUACGCGAGGGUCCUAUGUUUGAAGCAAUGAUCAUGAACAGAGAACUCAGGAAUCCAAUAUUUAGGUUCCUUUUUGAGAAUCAGAGCCCAGCUCAUGUUUAUUAUCGGUGGAAACUUUUCUCCAUAUUACAGGGAGAGUCUCCUACUAAGUGGAGGACAGACGAUUUCAGGCUGUUUAAAAAUGGCUCCUGGUGGAGGCCACCACCUCUGAAUCCUUACCUGCAUGGUAUGACUGAGGGAAAAGAAGCAGAACCAUCAGUUGAAGAAGAAUCUGUUAAGAAGGGUGGACUCCAAGAGGAAGAGAGAGAUAGGUUAGAAGAAAUUCUCCGUGGGCUGACACCUCGAAAGAGUGAUAUUGGUGAUGCUAUGGCUUUCUGUCUGAACCAUGCUGAAGCCGCAGAAGAAAUUGUUGACUGUAUUGCAGAAUCUCUUUCAAUUCUUAAGACGCCAUUGCCUAAAAAGAUAGCCAGACUGUAUUUGGUGUCAGAUGUUUUGUUCAAUUCCUGUGCUAAAGUCGCCAAUGCAUCAUAUUAUCGGAAAUUCUUUGAGUCAAAAUUGGGCCAGAUAUUUGCUGACCUGAAUGCUGCAUACAAGUCUAUACAAGGUCACCUGCAGUCUGAAAAUUUUAAGCAAAGGGUCAUGGCAUGCUUCAGAGCCUGGGAAGACUGGACUGUUUAUCCUGAUCCCUUCCUUAUCCGACUUCAGAACAUCUUCCUUGGACUUAUGAAUGUAGAUGAGACAGAGCUCCCCAAGGAAGUUGAAGAUGACCUGGAUGGUGCUCCUAUUGAAGAAGAAGAGCUGGAUGGUGCCCCACUGGAUGAUGUUGAUGGCAUCCCUAUUGAUGGAACUCCUCUUGAUGACCUUGAUGGUGUUCCCCUCAAAUCUCUAGAUGAUGACCUGGAUGGAGUACCCUUGGAUCUGCCUUUGGAACCAGCAAUGCUUCCUGAGCCAGUAUUUAAAGUUGCUCCUUCCAAGUGGGAAGCAGUAGACGAAUCAGAACUUGAAGCUCAGGCUGUUACAACAUCCAAGUGGGAAAUGUUUGAUCAGCAAGAACAUUCUGAGGAAGAAGAGGAAACACAGCAAAACAGCCAAGAAAAAGAAGAAAGUGAGGAUGAUGAGGACGAUAGCCAGAGUUCUGAGUCUGAAGAGACACACACUUAUUACAACCCAGUUAAAGAGGAAAUACCUGAGUCCAAGUCUUCAACAAAGUAUUCUGAAAUAAGUGAGGAGAAGCGUGCCAAACUCCGAGAAAUAGAGCUGAAAGUGAUGAAGUUUCAAGAUGAACUGGAAUCUGGGAAAAAGGCAAAGAAACCAGAACAGAGUAUUCAGGAACAGGUUGAGCAUUACAGAGAAAAGUUGUUGCUGAGGGAAAAAGAAAAAGAACAGGAACGAGAAAAGGAGAGAGAUAGGAAAGACAGAGAGAAACUUGAAGCUCGUUUUAAAGAGAAGAGGGAUGAGUCUACGCCAACAAGAAAAGAAAAGAAAAGGAAACACAGCUCAUCUCCAAGCCCACCCAGAAGUUCCAGACGAACAAGGUCACCAUCUCCACACUCUGAGCGUUCCGAGAGGUCUUACAAAGAGAGCUCAUGGUCUAGGUCAUCACAUAAAGAUUCCCCUAGAGACCCUGUUAAGAGAGCCAAAAGAUCACGAUCUGGUUCACGAACUCCGAAGAGGUCCAGAAGAUCACGUUCCAGGACACCUAGAAAGUCAGGGAAAAGGUCAAGAUCUCAUUCUAGAUCCAGGUCCCGGUCCCGAUCCCGAUCCCCCCACAGAUCACACAAAAAGUCGAAAAAAGGCAAACACUGAUGAACAAUUCACAUCUCUCUGUGACAUUAUUUUCUGAAAUUGCAGUGUUUAUAAUGUACUUGAACAGUUUCUCCAAAGCAGAAGGCAUUCCUGAAUUUCUAUGAAUGCACAUAUGAUCAUGGAUAACUACAUCUCUAGAACGAGCACUGUUUUAUAUUGUAAAAAAAAGACUUAAUGUGAUUCUCUGGAAUCCGACAUAUUUUAUGAUACGGUUCUUGUGAAAUAUUUGUGUAAUUAUAGUCCUGGUGUAGUGAGAUUUUGUUUUUAGAAUGUUUAGAUAAAAUAACAGUGUUUUCUUUUUUGUAGCUCUGAUAUUUUGAAUUAAAAUGUGAAAUAAAAUUAUUAAAAUUUCAGAGAAUUCCCACAGCAUGCUGCUGACCUAGUCAUGGAGACAGUACAUUGGCAGUUGACUUUGUAUUGUAUAUAAGUAUGCUUUGCAUUAAUGUUUUACAUUUUUCAUGAUAUUCUCCAAUGUCUUUCUGGAGCACAGAGUAGCAUUUUUGACACUUGAGCUAGUAAAUUUCAAAUAUAUUUAUUUUUAUCAAAGAAAAUUACUGAAGCAGCAUGAAUAUUUUCACUGUGUAAAUUGAGAAAGGUUUGAUGCAAAAAAAUUGUAAUUCCAUUUGUGAUUAUACUGAAUUGCAGAACCAGUUCACUGUUUAAUUUUCAGAACUAAAUUGAAAGAGUACAUAUUGUGUCUUGGUUGAACCUCUCUUAUGGAACUGAACAAGGCAGUCGAACUUGUCUUGGCUGUAUUCUUUCCUAUCUUUUGGACAAGGUAAGUUUUAGAAAAGUCUGGCAGUCUUGUCUGCUGAUUGCUGUCACGUCUUCAAGAUGCCCAGGUUGUCCCAAAAAAAAAAAAAAAAAAAAAACCAGAGCUAGCCAUCACAAUAAAAGAUAGCCCCAAGCCCUUUGACACUUCAUAAUUUCAGGCCAAAGAACAUCUUGAUGACAUAGUUCUUUUUUUCUGAAAUGGUAACAUGUAAUGGUGCAAAGAAGAUGCAAGGUAAAAUAAAAAGUGAUAAUAUAGA